CCCAACACGUGCACACACAGAACAAACCACAAAGAAACACACAUCGCCGGACCUAUGUUGUAGAGCUCCACAAACUUAAGAGACAAACAAAACUCAUAAGCAACCAUUCUAGUUUUUUCCACCCAAUUCAUCCUACUUGUUUUUGAUUUGUCGCCCCUGUCUUUCUCACUCUCUUCAAUGCUUUGGUCCCAACAAACUCUUCCAACGUAGAGAGAGAGAGAGAGAGAAACAUAGAUAUCAAAGAAGUCCCUUAAAACCUCUCUCUCACCAUACAUUUACAUAUACAUUCCAUAUUCAAUGAAAGCAGGCGCAAUCAAAGGGAGUGUGAACUGAUCCCAUUCAUUCUCUCAUACGUCUUUGGUAUUAACUCCACCUUAUAAAGCCCAUACCAAAAGCAACCCACAUGGUAAAUGAUAUCACUGCCAUACUUUUGUCUUUUCUUUCUUUCAUCCCCAGGCUGCAUGCUUUUUCCAUAUUUGUCAAGAAAAUUGGAAUAGGUAGUUUUGAUUUGGUUUAGGAUUUUCCUAUUAUUGAGGGGAACUUUUAUUUGGGAAUAAAUCAUUUGGUGAGGGCUUGAAUUUCUUUUUCCUGGUUGGGUGUGAUCUUGGUCUGGAUGGGUUUUUGAAUGUUUUUAUUUAUGUGGGUUUUGAUUCUUGAAGAUAAUCAAACACCCAUAUGACAAAAACCAAUAUUGCUUCAUCAUUGCCACUGUGAGAUGCAAUUCCAGCCAAAUGGGAGAGUUUUGAUAUGAGUUUGAUGUUUGUGAAAAAAACAGAAAACGUAAAUCCCAGAAGCUGAAUUUGAUUGGAAAUUGAAGUAAAGAUGCAACCAAGGUUGAUGGCACUGGAGGAAGGCAAGGACCUUGCCCCUACAGUGAGAACAUAUCAACAUAGGGCUUUGCCUCUGAGAGUUCUUCAAUUUUUCUUGGUAUUUUUGGUUCUGGGUCUUGGGGUUUCAGUUUGCAGCAUGUAUAUGAUUCGAUUUUUUAAAAUUCCAAAUGCGGCUCCAGUAGUACAGCCCACUAUUGUGCCUUCUUGCUUUGUUGAGCUAGAUAGUAUACAGAGUUGGAUUAGGCCUCCAUCAAAUUUGUUGCACAUCAUGAAUGAUACUGAGCUGUUGUGGCGGGCUUCGUUUGUUCCUCAAAUAAAGAGUUAUCCUUUCAAUAGAGUUCCUAAGAUUGCAUUCAUGUUCUUAACAAAGGGGCCAUUGCCAAUGGCACCUCUUUGGGAGAGGUUCUUUAAGGGGCAAGAGGGGCGUUAUUCGAUCUAUGUUCAUGCAAUGCCAUCUUAUGAUGCCAACUAUCCACCUUCAUCAGUUUUUUACAGGAGACAAAUCCCAAGCCAGGUGACAGAGUGGGGAAGAAUGACUAUGUGUGAUGCUGAGAGGAGGCUUCUGGCUAAUGCAUUGCUUGAUAUCUCAAAUGAAUGGUUUAUCCUGCUGUCUGAGGCAUGCAUUCCUCUCCGUAACUUCAGCAUUGUCUAUAGCUACAUAUCAAGAUCCAAGCACAGCUUUAUGGGUUCAUUUGAUGAACAUGGACCCUAUGGGAGAGGGCGCUAUAAUGAAAAAAUGGCACCUCUGGUCAACCUCACCAAUUGGCGUAAGGGGCCUCAAUGGUUUGAAGUUAAUCGAGAACUUGCAGUUAAGAUCGUUGCUGAUGUCACUUACUACCCCAAGUUCAAAGAUUUUUGUCGACCAGCAUGUUAUGUGGAUGAGCACUACUUCCAAACAAUGCUGAGCAUCGAAACGCCACAUCUUAUCGCAAACAGGAGCCUUACUUAUGUGGACUGGUCAAGAGGUGGUGCUCACCCUGCUACAUUUGGGAAGGUUGAUAUUAAAGAGGAAUUCUUCAAGAAGAUUUUUGAUAGCAAAAUAUGUCUUUACAAUAACCAGCCAUCUUCACUUUGUUACCUUUUUGCUAGAAAGUUUUCUCCAAGUGCUUUGGAGCCUCUAUUGCAAUUAUCAUCCGAAGUUCUAGGCUUUUGACAAAUGCUUGGCUUGUGAGAUGCAUAUUUGGAUUAUUGCUAGUUGGAGCAUGUCGGUUUAGUAAUGCGCUAACCCCAUUAAGGUUAGAUGUGAUUGAUCUUUUGAUAAUCCUGCGUCACAGGAUUUUGAAGCAUCCAAUAUUACACAGCAUCAGAAGUAUAGAAAAUCAGAGCCUAAAAGUAGUAUCUUAGACAAUCUCAGGCAUAAUAAAUAUUACGUCUUAUUGGGUUGUUACUUGUUAGUCGAUUAGACGUAAUGCUACUGUAGCAUUAUUAAAUAGAAAUCUUGUAAUCUCAUUUUUGGUGGAUGUUUUUCUUUGCACUAAAAUUCUUUCUAUGUUUUUUUUUGUUUUUGGGUAGUAUGAAAUACAGCCACCUCUAGUUCUUUAACAAUUUGAGGCAUUAGUUGGAUUAAGUGAGGUAUGAUAUUUGAAAUUUGAUCUAAUUAGAUUUCUUUUUUUCUUAA